AUGAUCAACAACACGUCCGAGUCCAGCUCUGCUGCGCUCGUCCAGGCCACGUCAUCGGUGGAAGGCGUGAGAGUCAUCACCUUGUCGCGGCCGGAGAAGCGCAACGCGCUUUCGAAAGAACUGAUCGUUGCCUUCCUCGUCGAGCUCGCGCGAGCGUCGGCGGACCCGAAUGUCAAGGCCGUCAUCAUCACAGGACAAGGCUCCUUUUUUUCAGCGGGCGCCGAUCUCAACGACAUCGCCGCCCUCGAUUCGGCAGGUGCACGAUCGGCUCGUUACCUCGAGGAUCUCUGCUCCGGAAUGGCUGCUGUUCGCAAGCCAAUUCUCGCUGCCGUCAACGGCCCAGCGCUCGGCGGUGGCUUUGAGCUCGCCCUCAUGUGUGACCUGAUUAUCGCAGCCAAGUCGGCCUACUUUGCCUUGCCAGAAACUAAACGAGGCCUCAUCCCAGGCGCAGGGGGGACCCAGCGACUGACAGCAACCGUGGGCAAGUAUCUGUCGGAACGAGAACAGACUGACAAUCUUUUUCUCCUUCCUUUGCAGGCAAUGCGAACUAUUCUCCUCGCCAGACCGAUUACGGGACCCGAGGCCUUGUCAUGCGGCCUACUCUGUGACCUAGUCGACGACGACAACCUGCUCACGCAUGCCACGGCCGUCGCUGCCGGCCUUUCCGGCCACGGUCCGGAGGCGCUGGCGUUUGCCAAGGAAGCCAUAUGCAGAGCGGACGCUCUCGGCCGUGAUGACCUCUUUGAGAGAAAUCUCUACUACGCGACCUUUAGCACAGACGAGAAACGCCAGGGUGUAGAUGAGUUCCUCGCGAGUCGCCGGUCCGGCAAGUGA